UCUUGCACGCUCGGCUCAGGUGUUCGUGACAAAGAGUCAUGCUUUUUCGUGCGUGCAGGUGGCGUUUAUCGAUUUGUAUACGUUAUCACGUCAAUAUGGAGAUGGCAGCGAAUGAAGACGUGAUGAAGUUGGACCCCAGUGAGUUAGUUUACGUUAUAAUCAAGGAGGAGCCUGAGAAUGAACUGCCGGCAGAUGGAGACGUCUGUGUGAAGCAGGAGCCGAGCGAGCUGGAGGAGUUGGAUGAACCAUGUGAAGACAGCUGGCAGCCAGAACCCGGCAGUUCCUCUGCCAGCCAGGACUACACUCUGUGCAAGCAACAAGUGAAGGAGGAGAUAACUAUAGAAGAGCAUCCUAUAGCUGCAGCCACAGCAGCUGUAUGGAAUGAACCACACAGCUGUGUGGGUUACCAUGGCAACACUUCAUCAGGAUGCAUUGGAAACAGAUCCCAAGAUUCACCAGACACCUGCAUCUUAAUCAAGCCAGAAGUGACUAACACUGACCCCAUAAAAUUAUCAUGCCCCACAAACUGUCACCCUGGAUCCACAGAAAAUUAUUGUGUUAGCAAUUGUAUACCAAUACAGCAUCACACUAAUACACACACAGACCAAAAACGUUUCUCAUGUCAUGUAUGUUCUGCUAAGUUUAGCAAGUCUAGUAAUCUGACGCGACAUUCUUUUACACACACUGGAGAACAACGUUUCUCCUGUACUCUAUGUUCUGCUAAGUUUCGCCAUGCUAGUUCUCUUAAGCAGCACUGUCUUAAACACACUGGAGAAAAACCUUUCUCUUGUUCAGUAUGUACUGCUAAGUUUAGCCAUGCUAGUUCUCUGAAGCAUCACUAUCUUACACACACUGGAGAAAAACCUUUCUCUUGUUCUGUAUGUUCUGUUAAGUUUAGCGUGGCUAGUUCUUUAAAGCGGCACUCUCUUAUACACACUGGAGAAAAACCUUUCUCUUGUAGUGUAUGUACUGCUAAGUUUAGCAGUGCUAGUAACUUGAAGCAGCACACUCUUACACACACUAGAGAAAAACUUUUCUCUUGUUCAGUAUGUUUUGCUAAGUUUAACCAGGCUAGUUCUCUAAACCAGCACUCUCUUACACACACUGUAGAAAUACUCUUCUCUUGUUCAGUAUGUACUGCUAAGUUUAGCCAUGCUAGUUCUCUGAAGCAGCACUCUCUUAUACACACUGGAGAAAAACCUUUCUCUUGUUCAGUAUGUUCUGCUAAGUUUCGCCAUGCUAGUUUUUUGAAGCUGCACUCUCUUACACAUACUGGAGAAAAACCUUUCUCUUGUUCAGUAUGUUCUGCUAAGUUUACCCAGGCUAGUUCUCUAAAGCGGCACUAUAUUAUACACACUGGAGAAAAACCUUUCUCAUGUACUGUAUGUUCUGCUAAGUUUAGCCUUGCUAGUAACUUGAAGCAGCACUCUCUUACACACACUAGAGAAAAAUUUUUCUCUUGUUCAGUAUGUUUUGCUAAUUUUAGCCGUGCUAGUACCUUGAAGAAGCACUCUCUUACACACACUGGAGAAAAACCUUUACAUUAGUUAUAUAUGGUUUUAUAAUUUUUUUUUGCUGUUUUAAAUUGUUUUGGUGUACAAGCUCUCUUUCUGGCAUACAUAUAAAGUGAAACCUCAUUAAUACAAAUUUGUGGGGACAGUCAAGUCUCAUUAAUACGAACCCGUUUAAUAUGACGUUCCCGUUUAUACGAAGCAAUUGUCUGGUCCCGGCAAACAUAAUAGGCUUUUAAAUGGUACAAACUUCGUUUUAUACUAAAUACGGUUAAUAUGUAAUUCGAAGUUGGUUUUUGUCCCGUACAGAAGUAUUUGUACAUAUAAUUAUAAUGGUUAAUACAAAUUUUAAUUACUACUCUCGGAAUGCCUAAAACGUUUGCGGAACAUAGCAAAUUUAUCGCCCUUUGCCAUUGUAAGAAAUGAAAAUAAACACACUGACAAAUCAGAGCACAGCCUCAGCAGCAAUACUCGCGCUUGAGCUGAAGUAAAGAAAUAUUUACAUCACGGGCGCGCCUCUAGUGUCGAUUUGUGUAAACAUGCAACGGAUAAUGUUUGGUUCUGUGCGUCAAUACACUUCCAAUAUUUUAAAUUUUCACGCCUCUGGUGGCGAAAUGUGGAACUACGGAAUGCAAUAUGCCUCUACAGUAGAAUCUCGUUAUAAAGUACAUCAAUAAAACCUCAACUUUUAUACUUAGUAAUGAAAGUACUUUAUUCUGAAAGUUACCUUUAAAACGUAGUAUUUUUGAAUUUUUAAAAAUAAAGUAGUAGGGGAUCAAAUGUUACAUUAGCUUGGAAGCAAAUAUUUGUAAAACAACAAGAAUUUAAAAAAAAUUACUGAACUUAAUACAGUAGCCUAAUUCUAGGCCUACAUACCGUGUUUUCUCGCAUAAUAGUCGCAGAUUUUAUUCUAAAAUCAAGUUUGAAAAGUAGGGGUGCGACCAUUGUGCGGGAAAAAAAUUUUUGUUAGGUAAAGUUAUUCAUAAAAACAAAUCCCGUUCAUGGAAAGUACGUUUAUUUAAAAAAAGGCGGAGUAUACAAGAGCACGCCAAACAAUCUAUAUUAAUAAUUCCUUAAACAAAAACCUUUCUUCAACUUUAAAAAGAAAAACCAAAACUCUAACGCGAACGCGUGAAUUAACGUGUCGUAGUGUACACACUUGCCACGAAAGAAUGCGGGCUAUCAAAUGUAGUUAACUCGGCACCUGACAGAGAGCGCGCGCGUUGGAUCCAAUCGGCGAGAUAUUGAUAUUCGACUACGUGCGCGCGCUCUAUACGGGAAGCAACAUAACCAAACAUGAAUGAUGCGCUGGCUACAUUUUUAUAAGCGGUACGCCGCGGUAACGCAGACAAUCAGAUAAAGGAAAUACCGUUUAAAAACGUCUUUAAAAGAACAUUUACACGUCAGACAACUUUGUAUUUCCGUUAAUUAAAUAAAUAAGUGGUAAUGACCGAAAUUAAAUUUUAGAUUAUACCUACACCGCGGCGACGCAGACGAUCAGAUAAAGGAAAUAACUUUUAAAAACGUCUUUGUAAGAAAAUUUACACGCCAAACAACGUCGUAUUUUUCCGUUAAUUUAUUAAGUAAGUGGUAAUGAACGAAUAAAUAUUAAGAUUUAUACUUUAAAAUACAUCGUUUUAUAUGGAAAAGAUACCUACUCAAAGCAUUCGGCAUCUACUAGCGGGACCAAAAACUUCAUGCGACGUUUACGCGAGAAGUUUUUUAAUCCCAAUUUUGACAGCCAAAAAUAUGGUUGCGACGAUUACGCGCGUGCGACGAUUCUGUGAUAAAACACGGUACAGUCAAACCUCUAUCUAUCAAACUCGCAUGUAUCGAUUGUCCGUGUUUAUCGUUUACUUUCUACGGUCCCGGCAAAUUUGCCAUACAACUAAGGUUAAAAAAAUCCGCUUGUACCGAUGUUCGAAUUAUCGUUUUGUCCGCAUUGAUCGUACAAAAUAUGUGGUCCCGUCACUAUAAAUUAUAAUAGAUGAUCGUUUAACCAUAAAGAUUUUGCAGAAAUAACCAUUUCUUAGAAAGAAACGUCAUAAAAACAGUAACGAUUGUAUACAGUAGUAAAAAUCACCUUAAAUCUGCAGCCAAGUAAUGGAGCACGUAAAUAUGAAGAAAAGACAAAUGAACAACAACUUACGAAGAAAUAUGGAUGAUGUACCAUAACUACAGUACAAACCCAAUUGUUAUCCUAAGAUACAGUAGAACCCCUGUCAUACACUUUUCAACGGAGGGCACAAAAAUGGUGUAUGAUGCGGGAAAGUGUAUGAAAAGGGAAUGGCAAUAAUAAAAUUUUUUUCCAAUCUAGCAUACCAGCACAAUGUCAGAUUAAACAUAAAUACAUAUGUGUAAAUAAUUGCAUUAUAUUAAUGAAAGAUAUGAAUUCAUCAUUAUAUAUACAUAAAAUAAAACCACCAGAAAUGUAAAAUACAGUCCAUAAUCAAGUAGAGCUGACAUGAGAAACAGUGGCCUUACAAAAUGUUAUGAAGUCCUUUCUUGGAGGGGGGGAAAAGUUACCAAGCCUAAAUUAGAAAUUAAAAAAAUUAGGCUACUGUAAAAAAAAAUCACAAAUUUUUGCUUGUUUGUUUCAUUUUACAAACAACUUUAUGCAACAGAAAAAUUUUCAAUAAAAUUUUAACUUGAGAAACGUAAAAUACAAAACAAUCCGAUCGUAAGAAAACAAUAACAAACGGGUAUAUUCAGUUCAAAGAUUAAUGUAUGCACAAAAUAUGAGAUCCGUUCCUUGGUCAAGCACUUGCACCAUUUUCAUCAUUGCUAGUUUGCGCCAUAGUCUCGCUUAAUACUGGCCAUAGAUGCUACUAGCGAAGUGCACAGUCUUCCUGAUACUAUCUAUAUCUAUGGUGCGAUAAAGUUAUUUUCUUACGUUUGCAAAGGUAAACAAUGAACGUUUUUUAAAAAGAAAUCAUUAAAACGGAGUUUAUAAGGCGGAAUAUAAAAAUUAAAUUUGUGAAUUAUAGGACAUUUCCGCUUCGGAAAAACGUAUGAAACGGGAAAUUAAUGAUUUUAUAAGUGUAUGUUCCGGGAAAGUAAACCAUUGUAAAUAUAGUACUUUUGGCGGGACCAAAAUUAAUCGGCGUAUGACACGGGAAAAUGUAUGAAACGGGAACGUAUCAUCGAGGUUCUACUGUAAUUACCAUAAAAAGAACUAAAGAUUCUUUGUCGAUACCAUAAUUACUACAGAAGCACGAUAGCUACCACAUUUUCACUACAGUUACCAUAACAACCGAGAUGUAUAUUUACCGUGACGGUAAUGUAUUUAUUUAUGACAUAUUACAAUUAAAGAACAUUAUUGAAAAAAAGGAUAUUAAAUUUUUAUAUGUACGUUUGGCACAUGUUGCGAAGAAAUAAUGCGAUCUGAAAGAAUGCAGAAUACUACGAAAAGUGAAAACGGUAAUCGUGGAUUUUUAUGUUAUGGCAGUCUCUCUCGUUUUUCACUAAUAUUGGCCAAAAAUUAACAAGCGUAUCGUAAGUCGGCAGAAAUGCUGAUUCAACUAAAUAUUGGCAAAAUCGGCUUCUUCAGUACAGCUCUACAUUUGAUGACAUGGGUAAACAUAUCUCAGACUUCAGGAUAUUGAAAAAGACUUUAAUUUCCAUUGUAGAUUUAUUGUGCGUAUGGUUUUUUUUUUGCAAGUGUAAAUUGAAUUAAGUAAAAUACUUCCAUUUUUAUUUAUUUUUCAACUGAUUAACUUUAAUGACAAGUAACUGAUAUAUUUCUGACACUAAUUUUGAGGUUGAAAUAUUUUUUUAAAAAUUCUUAGAGUGAAGUCCACAUCUAUUGAAUGUCCGCAUCUACUGAAUUUUUUUGUUGGUCCCCUGAAAAACGAUAGAUAGAGGUUUGACUGUAUACCAAAUGACAAAUGGGUUAAACUAUUUUGCAGAUAUGUACAUUUAUUGGGAUAGAAUUCCCUCGUCAUCUCCUAGGUGAAGUCUCUUGCGACCAGCAGAUAAAGAUGACUGUUCAUACAGUUUAAUAAUUUUUUCGCGAUCUUUUAUUAUUGUUGACAGUGCAGUGGGAACCAAACCAAACGACCGUGCCACAUCUGCAUUUUUCCUGCCUUUGUCAACUUCUUUUAAAAUUUCCACAUUUUCCUUAAGGCCGGGUUUAUAGAAAACGCAAGAACGCAGAAACGCAAGAAACGCAACUACGGUAAAAGUCCAACCUUAACUCUUCUACCAGCACGUUUAUAAAAAACGCAAGAACGCAAGAACGCAACGCAGAAGUUGUUCAACUUUCUACUUCUUGCGUUUUCUCCUUGCGUUUCGGCCUUCUAUACUGGUUGCUUAGUAUGUGGAAACUGAAACUGUCAUGUAAUGCAUAUAGAAGGCUCUGCGAUUGUAAUUGAUCGUUACGCUUGUGUUUAUUUAUGUAUGUUUUGGGCUGGCAUUCUUCUAGUGCAGGGGUCGGCAACCUGCGGCUCGCGAGCCACAUGCGGCUCUUUGGAUGUGAAGCUGUGGCUCUUUAGUUCCGUACCAGAAAUACUGCAUAACCAGGUCAUUUAUACAGAAAAUACUUUUUUUUAAUUUCAAACCAGUAGUAAGCCUGUUUUUUUCCACGCUUGUUAUAUUUUACUAAACAAUAUGUCAUCAAGCAGUUAAAUUAUCAAUUUAAAGCUAUCCAUCGGCCCGAGGUUUUCGUUUUACUAUUACUUACGGGCCCACCCAACAGAUAGAGCCACUUGACGCGCAAACAUGUUUUCAGUUUCCAACAUAUCAGUCGCACUUCUAUAUCUCCCUCCUUGUUCUGUGGUCCGUCGGAAGCUGUCGAAUGACGCCGUCGUCUGAUGUUUCUAUGUAGGAUUUAAUUCGUUUCGACGCAAGACAGUUUGGCGUCUUCACCAGUGCUUUGGCUGUGACGUAUAGCUUGUUGUUUCAAGUAGAAGAGUUAGAAGCGAAUUAUCUUCUCAGGGGUAUGUAUGUACAUAUAUUAUAAUAAUAAUAAAAAAACUGAAGUAAAGCUAGGUAACAUAAUAAGUAUUAUAUUUUUAAUAGGCCUAUACAUAUUAUACAUAUAUUUUUAAAUAAGACACCUAACUCCUUUUUUGAAGUCAAUAAGAAGUGUCAAAGAAGAAACAAAGUACACUUUUUGAUAUUACUGCGAAAAUGUUUUUAAUAAAAUAGUAAAAUAUUGCAAAACUUGUCAUCUGCUGUUUUGGAUACCUAAAUAAUAAUUUUAAAAAUUCUUUGUUACAGCUUCACCGCAAGCAUGGCAUCUACAAAAAAAAAAGAGAAGAACUGAAGAAGGGCAUCGAGAAUUCAAUCGGGAUUGGACGGAGUCGUUCGCUUUCAUAUGCAACUCAGAUGGCCUUCCGACCUGUCUCAUUUGCUACGAAAAACUCGCACAAAAUAAGAAAUCAAAUUUAGAGAGACACUUCACUACAAAACAUACUCAGUUUGCUAGUAAAUAUCCAGCCGGUGAAUAACGAAAAAAAGCUGUCGACGAGCUCCAAAAACAAAAACAGCAAUCAAGUUCCAUGUCAAGUAACUGGACGCAAUCUACAAGUAAUGUUUAUCUGGCAAGCUUCGCGGUAUCACUAGAAAUCGCAAAAAAAGGGCAAACUAUUCACAGAUUGUGAGUAUGUCAGAGAUUGCUUCAUACGUGCAUCUGAAGAACUGUUUCGUGAUUUCAAAAACAAAACCAGAAAUCUUGAAAAAAAUCAAAGAUUUGCCACUAUCCGCUAAAACAGUACAAGACAGAAAGGCAAACAUUUCUUCAAUUGUAACAUAUUUGCAGGUGGAAGACAUUCAACUGGCUUCUGCCUUAUCACUUGCUAUAGAUGAGUCUUGCGACAUAAAAGACACGGCACAAGUUGCCCUUUUUGUUAGGUAUAUGUCUUCCCAAGGUCCAAAAGAAGAACUUCUAGGAUUUCUACCACUCUCGGGACAAACUAGAGGGGAAUAUAUAGCGAAUGCCGUGCAAAAAUGCCUCGAAGAUAAUAAGAUCGAUUUAAAUAAAAUCGUUUCAAUAGCAACUGAUAGAGCCAGAAGUAUGAAAGGGAAAAAUAAAGGGACAGCAACGAUUCUUCAGAGUAAAAUAAACCACGAAAUUCUUAUGUUUCACUGCAUAAUACACCAAGAAGCACUUUGUGCCCAAACAUUUCCGGCUGAAAUAGUUGAGGUCAUGAAUUUGGUAAUCACGAUUGUUAACAGCAUCUUGUCAAAAGCACUCUACCAUCGUCAGUUUAAAGAAUUCUUAAACGAAAUGGAGACUCAGUAUUCCGACCUCCUUCUUCACAAUAAAGUGCGAUGGCUUUCCAAAGGUAAGGUGUUGAAACGUUUUGCUUUGUGCUUGAAUGAAAUAAAUACAUUCCUCAAUGAAAAAAGCAUUAAUCACCCUAAUUAGAGGACGGCAAAUGGUUGCAAAAAUUUUACUUUAUGGUGGAUAUCACAGCGAAAUUAAAUGAGCUGAAUCUAAAACUGCAAGGAAAGGGAAACCCAGCCUAUGUUUUGGUAGAAGAAUUGGUUAGUUUCGAAGAAAAAUUAAUGAUUUUUGCAGAAGAUAUUCAGAGCGGUAAAUUACUUCAUUUUAAAUUUCUAAAGCAAUAUCGUGAUAAAACCAGUGCAACUAUUGACACAAAAUACUUCAGCACAGUUAUAAAAAUAAUUAAAGAUGAAUUUGCUGACAGAUUUCAACAAUUCAAAACCAACAAAACCACUCUAGCAUUCAUAGUAAAUCCACUCAACACAAAUGGUAACGAAAUCCACAUUGAGCCAUUUGGAAUUGAUACUGGAUCGCUAGAAAUGCAAUUAUUCGAUUUAAAAAGUAAAGCUUUGUGGAGUGGAAAAUUUACAUAGUUGAAAAGCAAGUUGGAAGAGUUGGAGGUUCAGAAAUGUAUGUACGUAACGCAACAAAAGUGGACAGCUUUAAAAGAAAUGCCGCGAGUUGAGGCACUUAUAUUCGACGCAUGGAAUAGUCUUCCUGAUUGCUACAGUGAGGUGAAGAAGUUGCCAUUUGGAGUGCUGACUAUCUUCAGAUCGACAUAUUCGUGCGAGCAAGCGUUCUCUUGCAUGAAUAUAAUUAAAUGUAAAGUAAGAAGCCAACUAACAAAUGAAAGUUUAGAGUCGUGUUUAAAACUUAAAACCACAAGUUAUGAGCCAAAUUUAUCCAAUCUUUCUAAAACCAUGCAAAGCCAACGCUCCCAUUGAAUGUGUUUGCGCAAUUAAUUGUUAUUGAAGUACAAGUUAGUGCUGUAAGUAGCUAAGUGUUUGAUUGUUUUAUUUUUUUAUUAAUAUAAUAAGUUAUUAUCUAAUAAAACCAUAUAUUAUCUAAUUUGUUGUGAAAAAUAACUACUUAUAUAUGAAUAAAUAUUUCUUAUGAAUAAAUAGAUUAGUUUUCUUACCAAAAAACUUUAUUCAUGCAAGUACUAUUUAUUGAUGGCAAGAAACAUUUUUGUGGCUCUUUAAAUCUUUGAAACUUUGUAAAUUGUAAUUUUUGGCUCUUCCGACUCAAAAGGUUGCCGACCCCUGUUCUAGUGAAUACAGCGCAGUGGAGGAAGCUGAUGAAUUUCUUGUUCAGCUUAUCCAAAAUUUUCCCUGCCUGUACGAUAAGUACAACAAAGAUUUUAAAAAUAAUCAUGACUUAUUCCUGAAAUUUUAUUUUUUUGACGAUGGCGAUGGCCGGCGUCCUUGCGUUUUUUAUAAACGACUGUGAAUUUCUUGCGGUUGUCGCGUCCUGCGUUCUUGCGUUUCUGCGUUCUUGCGUUUUCUAUAAACCCGGCCUAAAAGUAAACUGCUUGCGUUUCUUUUUAUCUUUUUGGCCAUCCAUCCUGAUUAAAAUAUUCAAUCAACAAUAUUGUUUUCUUCGUGCCACGUCAAACGUAAACAAACCUCUCAUCCAUAGAUAACCAUAGCUCCGCACUAGUAGCGUGCGUCGAGAGCAUGGCUGUGCCAGGCAACAUUCCGACCUUAGGCAAAACAAAGCGUGUCGGCCAUGAUGUGACACCAAACAGUUCAAAAAUUAACCUGCAUAAAUUAACAUUAUUGGAUUUUCUAUUUUGUAUAUAAUUUAAAAUAUAAUUUUUAUUUAACGUUUGUAUCUGCGGUAAUUGAAACUUUUAAAACGUGCUCUGUAAAUAACCAAAAGAUGGCGCAGCUAAAAAUAAUUGUCUUGAAGAGGGGGAGACAGCAAUCGAUUGUUUAGAUCGUCUCGUGCACUAAAUGUGUGAUCCAUGGAGGAGGAUUCUAUGAAUCGUUCAUACAAAGUUUGUUUACGUUUUAUACUUGUUAACGAUUCUUGAAAGUUAUAAAAAUUAAUCGUAAUGUACAUUUAUAUUAAAGAACCCCUGCGCAAAAUCAGUAACUAUCAUGUAAAAUUUUCCUGAUAACUGGAAAAGAAUGGUCGUUGUAUUGAAAGGUAGGAUACGUUUUUAACGUUAAAGUGAAAUAUUUUUACAUUGUUUACAUUGGUGUUUUGAGCGGUAAUUUAAAAUCAUACGUUGAACUGAAAGAUACGUUAUUCUGAAGUACGUUGUAACGUAUAUUUUUUUUCGUUGUAUUGUGUAUUCUUUUUUUAUGGUAUAACCGAAAUACGUACGUCUAUGACAUUGUCGCUGCCAUUGUUUAUAUUACGUUGCAUACAGUGAUUUAUCAGAAACUGCACAAAUAACUAAUUAAUGUUCUUUGUGCGUGGCAGAUUUGCGUUUAUUCGUAUCAAUGAAUACGAAACGCAAACGAAACGAGUUAACGUUAGCGGAAAAGCUUAAAAUCAUAAAUGAAGUGGACAGUGGCAAGAAAACAAAAACUGAAAUUGCGAAAGAAUUUUUGCAAAUCUGCCUAUAUCGGGGUCUAUGAUGAAGCAAAAAGCUGAUUACAUCGCUCUACGAUUAGGAAUAGACGACUUCAAGUGUAGUUGUGGUUGGUUGCAACGCUUCAAAGACCGCAAUGACUUAGUCUCCAAAAGUGUGUGUGGUGAGUCUGCAGAAGUUGACAAGAAACAUGCAGGAGGUUGGUUGGAAUCUGUGAAGCCAUUACUUGAUCAAUACAGCCCUGAGGACAUAUUACGAUUUACCGCGGGUUCGUAAAGGAUAGCCCAAUUGAAGAUUUUUUUUCACACACAGUUUUAUUUAUUGCCACUACUUAUGUCACUUACAGAUAAUCUAAAAUGGCAAAUAAUCAAUUGCACUUAAAAAUGUUGCUUCACCAGUCACUCGUUUCUUACAAUCCACACGCCUCGCUGGGCCGCACCUCUGGCGCAACUCUCGCCGCAGCACCCCCUCGUGGUCCUCCGUCGCAGGACUCCGCCGCCGCCGUCGCACUUCCCCUUCGCCGAGAUCCCACUCGACGCCUCGCUCAGAACUUCGCUCGAAACUCUGCCGCGCCCGUGACACUAUCGCCCGGAACUGAACUCUUCGCCCUGGAACCUUCGUCCAGGGACUUCGCCGCUCGAUCACCCGGAAUCUCCGCCGCGGGAAAACUCCCGACUCCACUGGACUCACUCACUCCCUGCCCUGGAACCUUCGUCCAAGGACUUCGCCACUCUGCCGCACCCACGGCACUAUCGCCCCGGAAGCUCCGCUGCGGGAAGGCUCCCGCCUGAACUCUCUCUCUCUGAACUCCACUGACUCUCGCCCUGACGUCCUCAGGCAUAUAUAUAGGCCCCGGCGCAAUUCUAGAACUCACGGGAGCGGCCAGGGCCUGUCGCGUCACUCCGAGCCGUCCCGACGGCAGAAAUCUCUCAAAAACACGUGUCGGCGGCUCGCGCAACUCCCAGCUGUCCGGUGUCAGUUACGUGUCAAAGGCAGGGUGCCGCGCGGGGAGUGGUGGGAAGGAGGGGGGAAAGCGACAAUCCUUGUUAUCUUCCAGGCGCGCGCGGCACACUUCAUGUUGCGGCAGCCGCCAGCCAGCUCUGCACCUGCACGUGUCCCGGCCUUGCUCAUGUUCGUAACAAUAUUGAUGAGACUUCCCAACAGAACAUUGGCUUGCAGAGGAGAGAAAUGUCAUGUAAUGGGGGAAAAACAGCAAAGAGCGUGUAAUGGUACUUUUGUGCUGUAACCAAGAUGGAACCAAGAAACUUAGCCCACUUGUUGUCUUCAAAAAUAUCAAUCACUUGCCAUGUGAAUAUGAAGCAAACUCGUCUGCUUGGGUAACAAUAAAAAUUUUUUCAAGCAUGGCUGAUCAAACUGGAUCGAAAGAUGGCCUGUGCAAACAAAAAGACUUUGCUUAUGCUUGAUAGGUGUGCUGCACAUUCUGCUGAAGGGAUGGAGUUGAAGAACGUAACACUGAUGUACUACCACCAAACACACAACAAGUUUUCUUCAGCCUCUGGAUCAGGGCAUUAUUCAGAGUUUUAAACAAAAGUACAAAGAACGCCUCAUUAGACAUUUGGUUCGACAGCUUGAACUGCAAAGAAAUGUCAACAUGAAAUGGAAUGUGUUGGAUGCAGUUCGCAAUAUCUCCAUGGCAUGGGAUGAGGUGAGCACCACAACCAUUUCCAGUUGCUUCAGGAGAGCUGGAUUUGGUGGAAAAGAAGGUGAUGUAGUUGGAGAAGAAGAUGAGGCUAGUAUUGAAGGAUGGGAUCAUCUUUAAGAUCACUUUCAGCUCCAGGAGACGUUCAAUGACUUCCUCCGUGUGGGCGACAAUGUUGCAACAUUUGCCUUGCCAUCAAAUGUAGAUUUAAUGUGUGCUGGUUCUUCUCAAUCUGUCGCAGAAAAUAUGGAGAAUGAAGAAGAGGAAGAACAAGAAGGGCAUUGCCCACAAAACAAGAUGCCAGCAAUGCAUUAACUACACUUGAAAAUGUGUUAUCAAACAUUGACGCAAGUAAAGAAACUCUGGCAGCAUUUGACAAAUUAAGCUCUGUUGUAAUAAGUGCUUAUGAGUCGAAUAUUGUUCAGACAAAAAUUGACAGCUUUUUUAAUCCCUCGGUAUAAUUAUUGCAGCAUUUAUCCCAUUUGUUUCUGUUGUAAGAGCAUUACGUAAUUCAUGUAUGUAUAUUGUGAUGACUAAAAAUCAAGAACUUUUUUCUAAAUCACAGUACAUAGUACAUACUUAGGCCUGUACAUAAUUGCAUCAUUAACUUGUUUUGGUACUGGAAGUGUCUGUAACUUAUGACCAAACAUGUACAUAAUGUAAAUAAAUAAGUUUAUUUUGUGAAAUAAUCUGAUUUAGCAUACCUUAUUUACUGUAACAAAAUCUUUAACAUUACAUGCUGUAUGUUAAUAUGUUCUCAAAUUUAAAAAAAAAAAACCUUAUCGUAAUAUUUAUGCGAUUUCUUUUUUUCCGCUACAUACCUGGUUAGGUAAUUUUUCUCGAAGGCAUAAAAUAUGGUUAAUACAAAUCUAGUUAUUACAAAGUGCAAAUUUUUUGGUCCCCUCAGGUUUGUAUUAAUGAGACUUGACUGUAGUGAUGUUUGAAAUAACCAUACACCUAUCCCUCACUGAGUAUGUUCCCAGAUUGUGCGAAUUCAUUUAGUACAAUGUUAAUUUUACUGCCCCAGUCUUGAAUAGCAUGUCUGUAAAUUUCAGUUACGUGAAAUCUCCACAGGAAAAAAUAUAUAAUUAUAUAUAUUUGGGGACAGACGCCACGAAGUAAUUUUCAACUUGAGUAAACAACAGAUGUGCCAUGAAGGCUACGUUUAUGUUGGUCGCUCUUUAAUUUUAAGCAAGUCAACUGUGUGCACAAUUUUGUUUUAAAGAUGUUUUUAUACGUUAUUGUUAUUACCUUUAUCUGUUAGUCUGCGGCGCUACGGUGUACUGCUAAUAAAAAUAUAGCCAACUCUAGUUGGCAUCAUUCAUGUUAGGUUAUGUUGCUUCCCGUAUAGUGUGUGCACACAUAGUCAAAAAUCAAUAUUGAUAUCUAGUAGAUUGCUUGCAAUGCACGCUUUCUGUCUUUAUCAGAAUUUACUACAUUUGAUAGCCCGCACUCUUCGUGGUGAGUGUGCACUAUGAUGAUAGUUAUGCAUUUGUUCAGGCUUGCAUUCGGGUCACAGAUGUUGUUUUUAUAUUUAAAGUUGAAGAAAGUUUUUUGUAGCAUGACUUAUAUGUAAAUAGUUUGGCAUGCUUUUUUAUACUCUACUUUUUAAAUAAACGUACAUUCCAUGAA